UUGGCUAUGGCGGAUAGGGUUUAUCGCGGCUAAGGAAAGCGAGGGAUGGAGGGCGCGCGCUACGCGCACAAGCGAUCGCAUUCCCAGUUUGAGGAGGAUUCCGUCGAUCGCAGCGUCCGGCAGAGGCGGCGAGGAGGUUUCGAGCGGACUCCCGAGGCUGCCGCUCCUCCCGUCGACGAUGUGGUGUACAGGAUUCUCUGCCCCGGGGCCAAGAUCGGCAGCGUCAUUGGCAAGGGCGGCAGCAUCAUCAAAUCGCUGAGGAACGAGACGGGCGCCAAGAUUAAGGUCGCGGAUGGGAUUCCAGGGUCGGAUGAGAGGGUGAUUUUCAUCUCCGCGUCGCCAAGGGAGAGGCGGGAAGGUAAGCCUCGGGGUGGGAGCAAGGAAAUGGACAAGGACAAGGAGCAAAAUGGCGAGGAGAGCACACCUCUUCCAGCGUCACAGGAGGCGCUGUUCAAGGUUUUUGCUAGGAUUGUAGAGGGCGAGGAGUUUGAUGAGGACGAGGAUUCUUCCAGGAAUGUCACUGCGCGGCUGCUGGUGCCGAGCAACCAGAUUGGCUGCUUGCUCGGCAAAGCCGGGAAGAUCAUCGAGCAAAUGAGGGUGGAAUCCGGGGCACAAAUUCGUGUUCUUCCCAGGGAGCAGCUUCCAAAGUGUGCAUAUCACACUGACGAGCUCGUCCAGUUGACUGGAGAGUUGGCUCUCGUGAAGAAAGCUCUCACGACGAUCUCGACUCGGCUCUAUGACAAUCCUCCCAGAGACAAGCCUCCUCAAGCAGGGCAUUUAGGACCUUUUCAAGAGUCUACUAUUCUACCGGGUACGUUACUUCCUCCGGGAGCGUUUUUCCCCCAGGGGAAUGCUUCCAUUGCUCCGGGUCAGCUAGGGGGGCACUUGGUCGGUAUCGCUCCUCACCUAGGUGGUCUUGGCGGCUCGACUUGGUCUUACGGAGCCUCAGCGUUUCCUUUGGCACACGGACUCCCUGGUGGUGGUCGGGUAAAAGACGAGACAGUCGAGGGAGAAUUUGCCGUAAGGUUGCUAUGUCCGAAUGAGAAGAUUGGCAGCGUGAUCGGCAAGGGUGGUAUGAUCAUCAGAUCGAUCCGGGAGGAAACUUGUGCUCGGAUCAAGAUUGCGGACGCGGUGGCCAAUGCAGAGGAACGAGUCAUACACAUUACUUCUAAUGAGGUACUUCAUGAGCAGGUAUCUCCAGCUCUGGAAGCUGUACUACAACUCCAAAGCCGGAUUUCUGAUCCAAGUGCCGAGAAGGAUGGAGCUAUGACAACCCGGUUCUUGGUUCCAUCCGCAAAUAUUGGCUGUUUACUUGGGAAGAAAGGUAGUAUUAUUGCUGACAUGAGAAGGAACACUCGGGCGAAUAUUAGAGUUUUGUCCAAAGAAGCUUUACCCAAGUGUGCUCAUGAAGACGACGAACUUGUUCAGGUUGUAGGGGAUAUUACUGUGGCCAGGGAUGCUGUUAUUGAAAUCAUAACCAGGUUAAGAGCAAACAUAUUUUCAGAGCACAUGAAAAAUGUCUCGAGUAAUCCGGGUCUUGGGGUCCAAGGGAGCGUGCCUGUCUCAUCGACGUAUGAACCAAGGCAUGAACCAUCUCCAGGAAUGUUUUCUCUACCCGGUCUAGGUUCUCAGGGUCUACGUUCUUCCAUACCCGCCACCCCAAGAAACUGGGGUCUACAGGGUGCUGCUGGUGGACUUGGCGCUCUCUCAUAUGUUGGAUCAACACCAACAGCUGCCAGUUUUGGAACUGGCAGAGCAGGAUCUGGACUGGUGGCAAGUGUUGCAGGUACUACGAUCGAGAUAACCAUUCCAGGAACGGUAAUUGGCUCUAUUAUCGGGAAAGGGGGGAGCAAUAUAGCUCAGAUACGCCAGAUCUCCGGAGCUAAAGUGAAACUUCAUGACCCCAAGCCCGGGUCCGACAAGCGCAUAAUCGAGAUAUCUGGCGCGCCCGAUCAGGCGCAAGCUGCUCAAAGCCUGCUGGAAGCGUUUAUGUUCACGGCACAGACCCAAGCAACUGGACUCUACUGAGCUGCGAGCUAUACUACUAUCACUACUGCUACUACUACUGCUACUACUACUUGUGUUACUACUACUACUGCUACUUCAAGGAGCCACAUUUCCCCAUGCUGAAGCCUCUCAACCUUUAAAACACACUCAGGAAGAGCCGAGCUAUUUGAGAAGCCUUUAAUCGUCUAUAUCUCCUCCUCUUGCUUUUUUAAUUCUUCUCCAUCAUCAUACGGUGGAACUUUGAAGCCCGGAUAUCACUUCCUUGAAGCUCUGAGAAGCUUGUUUUCUUGUGACAAAAGGCCACCUACAACCACAACGACCCGACCGAGGCCACCUUGUAAUACGAACUGUGUCGUGCAUUGGUUUUUUCAUUUUCUUUCAUUUCUAACGUUUUAGUGGACUUGAGUUUUGUGAAACAACAAUCUAAGCAAAAAGAAAGAGGAGAUAGGAGAAUCUUAAUUUAUCAAAAUUAUUUUUUUAUU